GACUGAGUGUGUUCAGAAAAGUUUAAACCUGAGCUGACAGACAGUUUGCUGACAUACACUUCAUCAGCACUGACUCAUUCCUGUGUGUCUGCACCCUCAACAUCAAUAAACCCAUUCCAACCCAUUUUUCUAAAUUCCUCUUUGUCAGAUAGUUGAAUCUCUCCAAGAGGAACGGGUCGGAUUAGACCAGGAAAUAGAAAAAUGAUAAUCCCUCAAUUGAAUUUCAUCCUCCUUUUCAAAACACCUGAUUAUGUAAAGAGUGUGUUAACCUCCUCCACCAUCACACUGAGAUGCAGGAGGCUUUUUGGGAUUGUAUUAACACAAAUAACCUAGAAAAUGUUUGAUGUUUUCUCUCCGCAGACACAGAAAUCACAUGUCAGAGAGACGACGGUGCUGACGCUUGUUUCAUUAUCAAAUCAAAGGCUGCACUUUGAAUUCGUUGUGACUCUUGAGCUUGUGGGAGGUCUGAACAACCUGUGUGUGUGUGUGUGUGUGUGUGUGUGUGUGUGUGUGUGUGUGUGUGUGUGUGUGUGUGUGUGUGUGUGUGUGUGUGUGUGAGUGAGUGUGUGUGUGUGUGUGUGUGUGAGUGUGUGUGUGUGUGAGUGUGUCAAGGGGCUUUAUAAAAGGUCUGGAGGUCGAACCUGAAGUCAGUUUAGUGUCUGAUCAUUGGAGGAGCUGCUGUCACCAACAGGGACCAUAAGAUGCAGAUGUCCCACAGACCUGUGCAGUGGCUCGCGGUCAUGCUUCUAGUCAUCUUUGCAGCAGGCCAGUGUCAACAGAACGAGAGCCGCCGAGCUGUGACUGAGCACCAGCUGAUGCACGACCGCGGCCGAAACAUCCAGAGUCUCAAGAGACUCAUCUGGUUGUCCAGCGCCAUCGAGGGUCUCCACACCGCCCAGACCCGCUCUGCUGCUUUCAAUCCCACAAAGGUCCUGAACCUGGAUUUGAACCCAGCGCUGGUCACUGCUGCUGGCAGCCCCCAGACCGCCCGGGUGCAGAGCCUCCUGAGAGACUUCUUUAACCCCUACCUGACUCAGCUGCCAGACAGAGAGCCCUAACACCACACUGAUGCACAAAAUUAAGCUAGCUUACAAAAAUAUAAAAAGUAUUGAUUGUGUCCAUCGUUUGAACAAUAAAAAAGAUUUGUUGAUUGGGCUCAAAAACAACAUAUUUAUGAAAAAAAAAAACAUAUAUACUGUAUAUAUAUAUAUUUAUUUUAUUUUUUUGUCUUAAUGUUUAGUCACAUUACUUUUACAUCAAGGGCUGGGUGAUAGAACCAAAAAAUACAAUUUAUUUCAAGCUUGGGGACAAUUCACAACUUUGAUAAAUUUGUUUUUCCAACAAAAUACAGCGAGACCAAAACAUGAUUGCAACAUCAAAUCUUUAGGUCAUGUGCUAAACUGUGGAAAACACUGUUGAUCUUUUCCACAAAAACUAAAAUUUGAAUAGCUUGGAUUAAUUCUAUGUACUAUCCAGGCCUAAUUAUGUUUGCGUUAUUUCUCAUUAUCUUCAGUUGAAGACAAAUUCAAGCCUUUCCAGUUUCCAGUGCGAUCUCCUCCAGCAAACUCUGCACAGGCAGCCAACAGACACACUGAUGCACUGUGUUUUUUAAUGGAGAAGUCCUUAUUCUAACACCUUGUCAUCACACUACAAGACUACCAACACUUUCAUACACAGCUUACAGUCUAUUUAUCUACCCCCCACAUCAGAAAUGUGACCUCAAAUAAUUUCCAGUGCAGAGGAAGUAAAUUCAACAGAAGGCUAAUGUAACUUUAGUGACAUCAGAAAAAGACUAACGGCUCUUACACACAGACUGCAUGUCUUUGUUCAAACCUGUCUCAAUAUACUUUUAAUGUGUGCUGCUCUGAUACGUCUCGAGAGAAGCUUGAUGCCUCUGAAUUUCAUGUUUUAUCAGCAUAAUGAGGAAAACUUUUUAAUUACUGAGUUUGCAAAACAAUGUAUUUAAUUAGGGAGAGAUUGUCAAUUUAUCUAAGUAUUGAAAAAGUUUAAAGCACCCACAGGAUGUUUUCACUUUUUAACAUUUAACCGAUCUUUCCCCAACCUUUUUUUGUUGUCUAAACUUAACCACACAUGAGUCAGGAUGAGUCAGACCACCUUCCUAUGACUUAUGUUCAGUACAACAAGAAGCACUUCCUGCUUUCACUUGAACAACAAAAACAUUGCCCCUGAACAUAAUCUAGACAGCAACUACAUUUCCUUCAAACUGUAUUUGGCAAAUUAAAAAUGUAUUAAUGUAAUUUCAAAGACAAUGAGUAUCUUUAUUGUGUCACCUCAACCCAGAGAGCCAGACAAAGCUCUGAAGAAAACACUCAGAAUCACAGAUGCUGUCCAGAAGACACAACAGAGAACUACAGUAGUAGUAGUACCAUUGUACAUCCAUAGUACAUCUUAGCUUAGAUGCAAAAAAUAUGUUGUUUCAGGUGGCUGCAACUGUGUAAUACGUAAGCAAUAACAUGAUAUAAUGUUGACAUAAUAUGAGUAACUCAGCCCGCUAAAAGCCUAAUUUUUUAUAUCUUCAGCUGAACUCUACAAGUCAUUUUUACAGUGUAAACUAAUCACUUCACAGCCAGUAUGGACACCAACGCCUCCUUUCAUAUAUGGAUAUGUGAGUAUUUGUACUAAGACAGAGUUGAAAAAAUCCACACCUGUCCUUUAAAGGAGCUAUUUACAAGUUUUGCUAUUGUUAGGCUACACAGCCAACGUUAGCAUUAACAGCUGUUUACUUACCAGUCUUGAGGAGAGCUUCAGCCAUCAUUGCGUUUACAAUACAAGAAGUUAUAAUACAUCUUGUGAGCAGCACUACUUCUGCAGGGUAGCCGAGCUGGGGCUAGCUGGUUAGCAUGCUAACUUCAGAAGACGAAAAGAAGUGAUAGAAAUAGAGGCAAAACAAGCCAUAACAUUGGCGUUGCGUUCCCCCAGUGGAUACAACUCUUGGUGAGUAAAGGAAUAAGGUUUGAUGCUGAACCCGCAACUUUUCUUUUUGACUAGUAAGUAAACAGCUGUCAAUGCUAACAUUGGCUAUGUACCAAUAGCAAAACUUACAAAUCGCUUCUUUAAAGCUGCAGCUGCCACAACCAGGCGGACUGAUGCAGUUGUGUGUACGAGGCAAAUAUAAAGAGGAAAAUAAUACACAGUUUAAAUCCUUUAGAUCUUUGUAUUUGUGUGUGUAUUUAACAUUUUGUAUCAUCACCAUAGGGUCUUAUGCAACUUAACACAACUUUUUGCAUGUCUAAAAAUAUGCAUGUUUAUUAUUCUGUUCUUGGCUGUUGUUAAAACGCUGCUUAGUGUGUGAUAAUAUUCAUAAGUAAGAGUCUACAUACUUGUUACAGCUGUUUCUUCAGUACAGCUCAUUUGUUAUCAGAACCUAAAAAGAUCUUAAGACUACUGUACUACUUGUAAUCAUUAGUGACUGAACUGUGUUUACUCCUCUCCUAGAAUUGAAUGUAGUGCAGUCUGAACUUACAGACUGAAUGACCCACAAUGUAUGGGAUGACAUUUAUGAAUUUCAUGUGUUUGAUUAAUUCUCUUUGUGCAUGCAAGAGACGUGUGGUUGUAUAACAAUGAUUGAAUGCCUGCAGUUUUAUCUUAUGAAAAUUUAUAUUAAACUUUGUGGAUGCAUGGA